AAAGAGACUCUUGAAAUCGGAUAGAGAUUUAUCAUUUUAAGCUGGUUGUGCAAUUUCCUUCAUUCGUCUGGUAGUUUUUAUUAAAUUCUGUUCAUUUUCUUUCUGUGCUUUUCAGCGUUAAAAUCUACUUAGUCGAGUAUACCAAGGGCCGACCUUGGACGAAAAACGAUCAUAUUAUUGGAAAAGAGACACUUGGAUUACUUUUGUGGUUUACCAUUUGUUUGUUUUUAUUUUUUCUUUUCUGGAAAACGACUGAAAAAUAGUAUUCUUUGGACUAGUCGAAAAUACAUUGAAAAUCUUCUAUUGGAAUAUGAAUUCUCUUCCUCAUAAAGUUGAAGUACGAGUUCCUUUUCCCUCAGAGCAAGAUGCUAAGUUGUGUAUGCAGGUGCUAGCACCUGAUCGUGAGCUUAAAGAAGAUCAAGUUGCUAGAACACUUUAUCUAGAAGGAAAUUAUCUAGUGGCCAAAUAUUUCUGCUCUUCAGCUAGAAUGACCAGAGUCACCCUAAACACGUUUUUCGAAAAUUUGCACUUGGUUGUUGAUUCUAUGAAUGAACUAUGUUCUUUGUAAUGACGAAACAAAAAGGAUAAAAUACGCUGCUGAAAUUGUCAAGAAAAUUUUAUAUAAAUUUAACUUUGAUGUUGUCUUCGAGUUACGAUGCAAUAUUUCAGGUAAAAUAAUUGUAUAAUCAAAAGCGUUUAGUGGGUAUUCAUUAUAAUCAAUUAAUAUACAGAGAAAAAGAAGG